AUGGCUUCGGAACCAUUGACUCUAGAACUUCCCUGGGUAGAAAAAUAUAGACCGCAGUUGUUGAAGGAUAUUGUGGGCAAUGAAGAAACGGUUAUGAGGCUACAACAGAUCGCCCAAGAUGGUAACAUGCCACAUUUGAUAAUUAGUGGAUUGCCUGGAAUAGGUAAAACGACAUCUGUAAGCUGUUUAGCCCAUGAACUAUUAGGCUCAGCCUAUUCGCAGGCCGUCUUAGAACUGAACGCAUCUGACGACAGAGGAAUAGACGUGGUCCGGAACCAAAUCAAGCAGUUCGCCCAAAAGAAGUGCAGCCUGCCACCCGGUCGUCAUAAAAUUGUCAUUUUGGAUGAAGCAGACUCUAUGACCGCAGGCGCCCAGCAGGCUCUGAGACGCACAAUGGAGCUAUAUUCCAACACCACGCGGUUUGCAUUCGCCUGCAACCAGUCUAAUAAAAUAAUUGAACCCCUACAAAGUCGUUGUGCUAUCUUGCGUUACGCCAAGCUACAGGACGACCAAGUUCUUAAGCGGCUGCUUGAGGUCAACGAAGCAGAAAAUGUUCAGUACACGAACGACGGGCUUGAAGCCAUCAUAUUCACAGCAGAAGGUGACAUGCGUCAAGCUCUCAACAAUUUGCAAAGCACUGUGGCAGGCUACGGACUUGUUAACGGUGAGAAUGUCUUCAAGAUCGUCGACUCUCCUCAUCCGUUGAUUGUCAAAAAAAUGCUAUUAGCUGAAUCCCUAGAUAGCUCGCUUGACUUAUUCCAGGAACUAUGGAAGAAAGGGUAUUCGGCUGUAGAUGUUGUGACUACCUGCUUUCGCGUUACCAAGAACUUAGAUGAGGUAAAAGAGGCCACCAGGCUUGAGAUGAUCAAGGAGAUUGGAUUUGCCCAUAUGCGGGUUCUGGAAGGUGUGGGUACUUAUUUACAGCUCGCGGGUAUGUUGUCUAAAAUAUUUAGAAUAAGAGGUUUGUAA